AUGAGGUAAUUGCAUGAUUUAUUACUCUUCAUUACAGGUAUAACCUUCUGUUGGAUUGCUGGCAAGUUCCAACUCUUCGAAGACCAAACAUUGAAAUGCUUGCUCGGUAUUUGGAUCGGAUGUGCAGUGAUGAAUUUGUAAGUUUAGGAAAUAAUACUUAUAUUAACUUUAGCUUGUGCCAUGGCCAAUGAUUUUUAUUCAAAUGUGCUGUGUGUAUAUAUAGAAAACUUUCGUCCAGUUGUUGCAUCAUGUACUGUAAUAUCAGGAUAUAGUGCAACCUCAUUCACAGGCUUCCUCUGAGAACGAAGUUGAAAAACGGACAAAAUGCCCGGCAGAUCGAAAGUUUUGCCGGAUAAAUCGAAAGUUUUGACUUUUUCAGCCGGACAAAUGUCCGAUGUCCCAAGCUGUUGGAUGUCCGGUCUUUCUUAAGAUUCCAUAAUUCUCAUAUGGAUAUGGCUUUCCAACAUUUAAAUAUAUUAAUUUCGACGUCGAUUUCUAUUCUGCUUUCUCUUCAACCCUUCUUUUGCUCACGGUCAAAUUACCGCUUUUGCGCACGCGCAGUCCAUCGUGGAGUAACUCUAUUCAAAGUUAGAUGGUACCCAGGGGGGAGAGGGCUUUAAAGUUUAGGUCUGGGCCCCCUCUGUUUGCGACUCAAAGAAAUAUAUAUAUUUACUCAUUUUGUACACUAGAGUAGUAGUAUAGGAACGCAAUACAGCUAUAUAUUAAAUAUGAAAACAGGGAAAAAACAGGAAUACAUCAAUAUGCGAACAUACGACGACCACCUGUACAUUAAUUUCGAUGGCAACACAGUUUCCGAAGGCAGUAAGAGUGGUUCAUUGAUGAAACAAGACACGUCUGGCAGUGAAGACAAUUCUGAAGAAUCUGCUGGUGAAAAAGACUCAAAUCUUAUUGACCAGCAUGAGAACAUUGAAUUCAUUAUAUUAAAUUGAAAACCGAAGAUAACACGAGAACGAGAGCCAAACCACACAUUGAAGGAAUUUUAUUCCAUAUACAAUUGGCGUGAAAUCAUCAUUAUAUCCAACAAAAGCUGUACAUUAUACAUGAUUUCUAUUUCAUGAAUUGGAUUAUUCAUUAACCGAAUUAGGUGCAAAAAGUAGUUACUGUAAAUGACAAUAGUGAAUUUAUGUUAUGGGAAACGUAUCACAUAUGUCCGCGCUACAGAAAAAUAAUUUAACGACUGCUAGGCGUGCUUGCUGUAGAGGAUCAGGGGAGUGCGCGAAAUUGGAAUGGAAAUGAACAAACAACAUUAAUUCUAGAUCUAUUUGGAUAAUUUAUGUUAAUUUCACAUUUUAUGUGAAGUUCACAGAAGACAAGAUGAAGUUCUGUCAUGGAUUUUCA